UGCAAGCAUAUACUAUAUAUCAUGAAGAGAAAACUCAUAACAUCCAUUCCUGAUCGCUAUAUAAUACCGAGAUGGACAAUGAAAGCAACUUAUAAUGUAGGAAGUACUGGUAGAUGGAUGGGUGUUAAUGAUCAUGGUGCUGAAGAAGUUAGUUUCAUGAGUUUGUGGUCCAUUAGAGCAAAGUUCAACAAAGCACUCGAAGAAGGUCGAGAUUCCCUGUCUGAAAUUAAAAGACUUGAUAUAUUGCUUGAUGAUUAUGUUGAAGAGCAAUACACAAGAAAGAAUAAUACACCUGAGGUGGAUUUUGAAAAUGAUUCUAUUGCACCUACAGUCACGCAAGUGGAUAUGUCACAACAAUUUUUUGUUUCUGAUCCCAUACUACCUGUCAAGACAAAAGGUCGUCCAAAAGUUUCUACAAGGAUGAAAUCUAGUAUAGAGAAGGCUUUGGAACCAAAGAAAAAAAAAUCUUGCGCUUAUUGUAAGGGGGCAGAAAAAGAUGGAUGAAUCAAAAAGGGACAAGAUGGCAAAAAGAAAUGCUUGAGUACAAGUGGCUUCAAAGUUAAGUUAAUUUUUUCGAGCAACUUGGUCGGUUCUAAGCGGACGAAUCUGAUA